UGGUAUGAUUGAUUGCGGUGGUGGUUCUACAGUAGUAAUGUAUGCUUAUCUGAUCGAGAGUCGAGAGAUUUGAAAACUACAAGAAGAUGACAAUUAUAUAGAGGGAUUCCGCUUUCGUGCUGUCGUGGUGAUGUGUCAGAUAUCUUGAUGGUUGAUAACUACAUUAUAUAUACGCUCACACUCAAACGAGUGACUUCCAACCUGGCAGACAGUGACCUCUUUGUUGGUCAUUGUUGCUGGCUCAUUCCAAUUUCGUUGGACUGUCACGACGUAUCUCAUUCCUUAUAUCUGUAAUGCAAAAUUUAUUACAGAUAGUCGGGGAAUGUUCCUUGUGCCAUUACGCGUGCGAUCUCAAAGACCAAUAAUCUUCCGUCGGGCAACAGGGCGAAUACCACCACGACUUGCUG